UAAAAACAACUAAAAAAAAAAGAAUUAUUUAUUAAUUAAAAUUCAAUCGAUUAACCGGUCUUUACACAGUUAAUUGCAAUGUCCCACUAUCGGCCCACUCAAGCCCUAAAAAAGGGCCAAAAGGGCUUCUUUGCUACUGACAAUAGUGAAAAUAAGGGCGCCCGGUCCUUUGUAGUUCUCGGUUUUCUUGCAACUGGAGCAGCUAGUGGACAAAUUAUGGCACAUACACUUUUCAGUUCUCACUAUAGAGAUUAUGUUAGACUCUAUAAAAAAGGAUUUUCACUGCCUGUACCAAAACCACUCGAAGACCGUUUCAAAUCAACUCUAAACUUACUAAAUAUUGAUCCCAGAUACCAAAAAUACUACAAUCCAUUCAUGGCUUGCGGCUUCGAUAUGAUCAGUAUGGGAACCUCUGGAAAAUGCGGAAUACACAUUGGCCUACCAGUAAACUUCACAUACAACACCGUAUCAGAUGUAGAUAAAUCUAGAAUAAUGGUAAACCAGGGAUCUGUAGUUUGGGAUUCUGAAGCGGGACAGCAACUAUUAAAAUCCCUAGUCAUGCCUGAGCAAGGGCAAAUGUACGCAAUGGCCAGGGAAAUUAAAAUGAGAGACAGUUUGAAAUUGUAUUUGGACAUUUCUUAUGCCUUAGUUGGAGCUGCCUUGGCGUACUUUGGAGGCACCAGCAUGAAUAAAAGACUUCAUUUACAAAACCAACCUAGACCAGUAAGACUUGUAGGAAUUGGUUUAGUUGCAGCAUUCAGUGGCUUGAAUUAUUUAAUGUGCAAAGACUUCACCCAAAAUUACUAUGAAGAAGUUAUAGAUAGGGAACUAAAAGAAUUGGAUCCUAUUUUUGCUGAGGGAGGCAAACAAUUUUAUACGCAAAUAUUGGAGAGGAAUAAAGCUUUGAGGACUUUGAUGGGCAAAGAAGGCGAAAGCACUUAUACAGUUUUAGGAAAUGAGAAUUUCUUGUUUAGACAUAAACAUAGGCCUUUAGUGCAAAGGAAAAUAUUUUUUGAAGAACCAUCAGAGCAACAAAUUAAUCAAUAAAUUGUUUUAUUUAUAACAGUAAAAUUAAAUCUAUUUUUAACUUAAAACCAAACCCCAUCGUCAUCUUCAGGUAUAUUAUCCGGUUCUUGUUGCAAAUGCUGAUGAUUUUCUUCAUCCUCACUUUCACUCACUGCCAAAUCGUCAUGGAUUUUAAUUUCUUGGCCUUGAACUGGAUCAUCUACUUUACGCACAGAUGCUAAUCCAGACAUAAGAAAAUCUGAAGGAUCGUAAUUUGGAUCAACAUCAACAUCUAAACUUUCUUCUGCAAAUAAUAAUUCAAAUAAACAACAUCAAUAUUAUAUAGAAUUACCUUUAAAGAUUAAAGUCUCAGGUGUGUUUAAUUCUUCUUGCUGAUAGAAGCCCAUUGAACCAAGCUGCACCAUUGCUUCAGCAGCUUGUUGACUGUCAUCCUCUAUAGGAAUUUCAGCAGAAAUUAAAAGCCCUUUUUGCUCUGGCUCAGGCUCAAAUUCAGUCAGAGGCACCUCAUCUAGCUCAUCUUCACUGGAAAACAACAAAUCUUGUUCCAAAGUAUCUGCCUGUUCACUUUUGAAACGUUUCCUAGGCUGUUUGGGUAUGAGCAUAGGUUCAUCUAGUUGAAUGUCGCCUUCAACAUCCACAAAAUCGUAGUCCUCCUCUUGACUUUUGCCAGGGGAUGUUGCAUGUUCUGGUGAACUUGCGUCCAUGUGGUAACUUUCUUCGUCGGUUCCCAUCCAGUUGUCGUCGUCUUGGGCCGCUUUUUCUUGCUCCGAGGUUAGUUUGUUUUCCAGAGCGGUUAAAUGUUCAUCAAACUAGAAAGAA